AUGAGAAAACUAGAAGUUACGCUUCUUCUCGCGAUAUUAUCCAGUGUUUUUGUCGCAGUAUGUGGUUUUGUUAGCAAAAGUUAUGAUUUGGAGACCACUAUUAUGGUGAACGAUCUGAUACGGCGUGACAAAGAAGCCGCUUACAAAAUCCGAGCGAAACUGACCAUCGAACCUGUUUGGCAAGGAUCGGGAGAUGAGCACUUAAUACAGUUUAAACUAGAAUCGCCACAACUGCUGUCUCGUGGUAAGCAAGUGAAUGCCGACUUCUUGCCCCAUGCAUCCAUUUGGGACUCAAAUCCUGUGUCAAUAUUCUAUGCUCACUGGAAGGAGGGUCUCAUAAGUCAAUGUUACCUGGACCUCAACGAGUUACCUGAUGUUGUCAAUUACAAACGGUCCAUCAUUAGCUUAUUUCAACUUCAGAUGAUGGAUGGUGAAAGCGUUGAAACAGAUGUAUCAGGAACUUGCAAUGUGACUUAUGAAACUCUUUCUGAAAAUAUACUUAGGAAGAUAAAAUCAAAUUGUGAUGGCGAAUGGGGUGAGACAAGACGAGUGACACGCUAUGAAUUUGAAACAACAAAUGGACCAAAGUAUCUUGCGCGUGUGUUUUCUGAGGAGGUGCACGAGGCAAGCCUGGCUGGUAAAAGCGGGCUUAAAGCGCGCGCUUGGCUACGGCUUGAGCAUGUUACCACCAAGGUCGCCAAAGAACAUGCUAUUCCUCAUCAUAAAGUCCUUGAGGAGGCCCUUAGUGAACUAACUGGCCAUUUGGAGGCUGCACCUUUGUAUGCACCGGUGACUGAAACAUACUGGAGUACCAGCCAAGUAAAGGGCGAGAAUGUCGACUUGGAGGCGUUGAUGAAAGACGGCGAGGCAGUAUGGGGAAGUGGCGACGUAGGCGCAGGUGGCCAAGUGGGUGAAGCACGAGCCGCACUAAAUAUACUAGACAAAUUAUGCGUCGCUUCACCCUCCCGCCUUGGAAAACUUCUACGCAAACUUGACUCCGAGCGUUUGUCCCCUCUUGUUGCUGCUCUAGCUUUAUGUGCUGCUCCGCGACCGCACAGCGCAGUUACCGAUCUGCUGCUUUUGCACAGUGAGCCACCACACGCUUCCCACCCGCUGCAUAACUUGGCGCUCGACUAUUUAGCAGCACUUGCGCUGGCGCAACAGCCACAUGAGAGCGUAGUCGAAGACGUGUUGAAGCUAGCCACAUGGCCCACUCAACAGACGGAAGACGAGAACAGUGCUCUAGUGGAGAGCGCACUAGCUUGUGUCGCGGCGUGCGCGCGUCGUCUACGAGAGAACGGGCAAGAUCUGGUCUUUAUCAAUUUACAACUAAAACUAGAGAAGGCACUACCGCAAUGCAAGACUGAACGCUGUAGAGUGGCGCAUCUACGUGCGUUGGCGAAUCUGGUAGCGCCCACAACGAUAACCACGCUGCUGUCCUGGGCUGAACGUGGUUCCAGCACUGAAGCUCUUACUGCUCUAGAUGCUCUGGAGAGCAUGCCGGGUUCAGCUCUGCUGCAUCCGUCGUUGCUGAACCGACUGGAAUGUAUAGUGGCUUCAGGUCGACCGCUACCGGUUCGUGCGGCUUCCCUCGACCUUUUGCUUCGUCGCACUGCCGACGCGCCUUUCGGUCUUCUUCGUCUUUUGCACACUUUAUUGGACCAGGGUGACCCCGAAUUAUUACGUGUGGUCUGGCAACGAAUGGAAAGUCUACAAAACCACGAGUCUGUGCGUACUCUGAUUGCUACCCUCCCCCCCACUCUACGAAUGCGCGCCCUCUUCUCCCCUGGCACAUCGAAUGUUCUGACACGGAAACUGGGUGGAUUGCCUAACGCACCUGCCUCUGCGCAUAUCGACUCGGUACAAGUUGCGCAGGGCGGUGCAUUGAGGCGUGGUCUUGUAAGGCUCUAUACUCAAGUGGCGGAUGAUAUCGACGAUACACUGACGGUGGAGGUAACAGCGAGCGGGCUAGCAUCGCUAGCUGGCGGAAAUACCGAAGAGGGGGAGGAGGAGGAAGUGGGAGCAUCUUUGGCGCUCAGCGUGGCGUCUGUGCGCCUACCCCCUGUCCAUUUAUUCCGUGGACAGACGGAGUUAUUGGCCCGCGUUUGGGCAGGCACGGCCAGCGAACCGACGCGAGUCGUGCGCGCGUUACGCCCUCUGCCGGCCGUUAUUCGAACGUUGCGGUUGCUCGACGGUUCUGCACUCUACGCGCGCAAUGCUGCUUUGCUAUCGAUAGCUCUGGACGCACAUGCUCAGGUAUCGCUCUGGUCGCGAAGCGCUCGCGCCGGUCUCGAAGCUCGCUGCGGUUUAGCUGCACGCGGCGAAAUGGUCAUUUCCUCCGCAUGGGGUUCGCUGAGCGGUUCAGCUGAUCUAUCACUAGAACCGCGCUUGCGCAUCGCUGCAGACCUGGACUUUUACAACGGUGUAUCCUUAUGUGUCAGAGUAAGGAUGCCAGAACACGAGCACGCGCAGCAGGUAGCACUCAAUACGUCGUUAGGCUCUCCCCCCAUUCUGUGCGUCGCAGACGAGAAGCAACAUGGCGCGCGCCCCCCAACACGUUCUCGCUUGGCACACAGAACGAUAUGGCGUGUCGUACUCUCGUUGCGCCGGAAGACUGAGUCCCGGAGUAUACAGCGCCACCAAAGUCCCACAACCAAAUAG